CUCCUCGACGUCGUCGGCCGCGCGCCGGCCGUCGUCGACGCGCGCACGACCGACGGGUCGACGCCGCUGCACCUCGCGGCGGCCGUGGGCAGCCGCGAGGCGACGGAGGCGCUGUUGGAUGCCGGCGCGGACGCGACGGCGCGGACGCUCGACGGCGACUCGCCGCUGCACGUGGCCGCGUGGACGAACGCGCUCCCCGUCGCGGAGGCGCUCCUCGCGCGCGGCGCGGAGGUCGACGCCGUCAAGCGCGACGGGUCGACGCCGCUCCACCUCUGCGCGAGCCGGGGCCUCUACGGCAUGGUGACGAUCCUCCUCGAGGCCGGCGCGGACAAGCGGAAGACGACGGUCUCCGGGUCCACG